AUGUUGUCGCGCAUCAAGAAACAGCAGGCGGAGGUGCGCGAGGGCGGCAGCCAACUCCGCAGCUCUGCUGGUGGGGGCGUCCCCGCAACGGCGGGUAACGAACCCGUUGCGAUUCUACGCCUCAAGAAGGACCUGGACAACCUUGAUGGCGUCCGAAGCAAGGUGGAAAUUCCCGACCCGCACAACAUGCUGCGGAUGAAGGUGACUGUAAAGCCACCGUACCCGUCCAUUUGGCAGGGCGGCAUCUUUGAGUUUGCGCUGGAGUUUAGGGAGGACUACCCGUACGAGGGGCCGAGGGUCCGGUAUUUGGGCCCCUACCGCAUCUGGCAUCCAAACAUCGAGGGGGACGAAUUUAGCGAGGCCGAAGGCGGAGUGAGACGAGGUGUAAAGAGUGCCUGGGGAGUGUGUCUGAGCUUCCAGACCGGCUGGAAACCAACAAUGAGUUUGCGGGACAUUAUUAUCAUGAUUGAGCUGCUGUUUCAGGAUCCCAACCCCGAUGAUCCUCUCCACGGAACCGCCAAACAGGCGGCACAGAUGAUGAAGGAUAAUCCCGUGCGAUUUAGAGAAAAGGCGCGACGAUGGAUGCAGGGUUUUUACAUUGAGUGA